CUUGUUAAGGCCGUGCUUGGAAUGAGCAGGCAGUACGACAGGGUAGUCGACUCGUAGUUGUCCGGUUGGUUAGAGAUCUGAGCCUCGGCGACGAAAGCCAUGGCUGUUGCAUGAUACUGCAAGAGAGCUUGUGCAAUAUGUGGAGCUCGGGAUGCUACGACGAACUAAUGCCGAGCCGCAGUUAUUGAUGGCGUAGCGUUGAGAUGGUGUUGCUGGCUUCGUCCGAAACAACGGGUACAACCAUGUGGGUCCCCGCCAACCCAGCUCCGGCGCCUUAGCUAAAAGCCAAAGAAGGGCGGGGAUCUGCCCUCUUAUCGCUGCACGCUCAGCCUAGCGAGGACUAUCCACAACAACCAUGGAGCAGAUGCGAUCAGUUAUACAGACCGCUCGAAGUACGAAACGGCGAAGAUGGACGAGCAAGUGGAGAGGCUCGUGAACAAGUUAUGGACCAAAUUUCAAGAAACCCCAAAGAGCAAGCGGGUCAUGGUAGCAAUCAGUGGCAUACCUGGGUCAGGCAAGACGACCCUUGCAGCGACAGUGGCCCAAAGGCUCAAUGAGCGUUGGCACAAAGAGCAGCCUGCGUUGCAGUCACAGCUUUCCAUUGCUACGUUUCUACCCAUGGACGGCUACCAUCUCACCCGCGCGCAGCUGUCAGCGAUGCCCGACCCGACGACAGCGCAUGCACGACGGGGAGCGGCAUACACAUUCGACGCCCCGGCAUUCUUGGAGCUCGUCAAGAAGCUCCGUCAGCCAAUCUGCGCAGAGACACGGACGAUCUACGCACCCAGCUUCGACCAUGCAGUCAAGGAUCCAGUUGCGGACGAUAUUCCCAUUGCUUCCACAGCGCGAAUCUUGAUCCUUGAGGGAAACUACCUUUCAUUAGGCACAGGUGCGCCAGAGUGGAGAGAAGCUGCAGAGUUGAUGGACGAGCUGUGGUUUGUUGACGUUGACAUGGACAUCGCUCGGCAGAGGUUGGUGAAGCGGCACGUCGCCAGCGGGAUUGCGGCAAAUGAGGAAGAAGCGGGUAGGAGAGCAGACGAGAACGACUUGCUGAACGGUAAGGAGAUCAUUGAUGGGAAGGUGGAAGUGCAUGAGAUGGUGGCCAGUCGAGAGGACGAGAGCUGGAAGCCCGAGAAGCAAGGCGUCGCUCGUGAAUCAGAUGCAUAGGGUUCAUGUGUGCCGGGCGCUUAAUGCUUGCGCCUGCGGAACAGAGCCUGGUCGUUGGCCAUGCUGGAAGGCGUACCAUUGUCGUCAACGUUCCAAUCGAAAGACCAUCCAAUCGGGCAUUGAUGAGAGAACACAGAGUAGUCAGGUGUUCAUACUUUAGACUUCGGGAGCUACGUGCCGCUGCUUCUGGACCGCGAGGGGGUGGUACAAUACCGUAGACGUCGAGACAUUCCGCAACAGCGCUCGAAGUCGUGCUGUGAGUGGAUGUAUGGCGGGCACCUCGUUAGGUAGAUUGCGCACUAUGCGUAUCGACACGUCUCCGGGAAUCGGCGAAG